AUGGCCUCGAUACUGCGAUCGAGCAAAUUUGUGCGUUAUGUUGCCGGUUUCGCACGAAAUCUAGUAUUUAACUCCGCUCGCGAAACCGAGAGCAGCUUCGUUCAGCAGUCACAAUGUUUGUGCGGCCAUCUCACCAGCGGUUUUGCAACGGCUGCUACCAAGAGCAAAAGCGGAUUGGAGCGAUCGUUGAAACGUUUGGACGAGGAUGUACGUCGAUCGGGUCGUAUCUCCCGGCGGGAUCUGGAGGAGGUGUUGGAAGAGAUCCGCAUAAACCGUUCGGCUACCAGCGCACAGUCUCUGCUGGUCAUCAGAUGUUGUGGUAAUUUGGUUCCGGAGGAGCUGCCGGAGGUACGCACCUCAAUGGUACAGGAAAUAUGGAAGACAUUGAAGAAUUUGAACGUUACCAUGGACGUGUCGCACUACAAUGCUCUGCUGCGGGUGUACCUGGACAAUGAGCAUCCGUUUUCACCGACGGAGUUCCUUGCCGACAUGCAGUCGAAAGGAAUCGAACCGAACCGUGUUACGUACCAACGGCUAAUCUCACGCUACUGCCAACAGGGAGACAUUGAAGGGGCCACGAAGAUAUUGGAAUUCAUGCGCGAGAAGCAACUCCCGGUCAAUGAAUAUGUUUUCAACGCACUCAUCAUGGGCCAUUCCCAGGCCGACGAUCUGGAAUCGGCGACGGGGAUUUUGGCCGUGAUGGCCCAAGCAGGUCUUCAACCGUCAGCCGACACAUACACGACACUGCUUUGCGGAUACGCCCGCAAAGGCGACCUAGACUACAUCUGCAAAACGAUCGACGCCUGCGAGAACAAAGAGGUGUUCCUGCUCGACAAAGACAUCCUGGAGAUAAUCUACUCGCUCGCCACCAAUGGAUACCCGGAUCGGGUGGACAAAUUGGUGGAGAAGAUUCGCCGCCAGGCCGGCUACAACCAAGACGCGGUGAACGUGAUCCUCCGGUUGAUCAACAGAGGUCAGGAGGAUGUUGCGUUGAAGCUCCUCCGAACCAUGCCUCGUGCUUCGAAGAACGACGGCGAGCUGGCAAACACCGGCAGCUUCCUGGUGCGUCAACUAGUGCGGGCGAAACGUCCAUCGGAAAAGGUGAUCGGAAUUUGCAAGGAACUGCAAGAGCAAAACUUGAACGAUCGCGCGUAUCUGAUCGCGCUCGAGACAGCCCUCAAGGGCGGUUCGAUGGAGCUGAGCUUCGCGCUGCUGCAAGAGCUGUCCACGCAGAAUCAACCGAUCCGGCAGCACUUUUUCUGGCCAUUGUUUUGCGCAAACGAACCCACCUGGACCAAGGAGGAGCGCACGGACAACGUGCUGAAUGUGCUGCGCACGAUGGGAGAAAAGUUUAGCCUCUAUCCCAGCAGUGAAACGGUGCGCGAGUACGCUAUCCCGAACAUGCCGGUCACCAACAAUGACAUCGUGAUCCAGUUACUGCGCAGCGUUGGUAUCUCGUCGGCCGUCGCCAGUUCUAGCUGCGCCUACGUAGCACUGGAAAAGCACAACCUAAAAGAAGCGGCUUCGAUUGCGUCACGCUAUCGGGCGUAUUACUCGCCCGGAAUCUUCCGCAAACCGCUCGUACAGGCGCUCCAGCAUUCACAGGAUUACGACUCGUACGUGCGCUUCGCUCGCUCUAUGUAUGAUGGGCUGAAGCGCGCGCGUACCGUAGAAGAGGAAAGCGAACAAAGCACCGAAGGAGGAGAAACCAGCAGUGCCAGCACCGAAUCACAACAGGCGGAAGUGCUCGGCAGCAUGUUAUUCGACGUCGUGGUGACGUUCAAGACGAACCGCGUGGAGGUGAUGCAGAAACUGUUGACCGGUCUCGUGAACCAGGGUCUCUCCAUCAGCAACGGCAUGGCGGAGAAAAUCCAGGAGCGAUUGGGUAGCGAGAUGACACCGGAAAUUUCCAGCAUGCUGUCGAAGCUGGCUGCGGGUGAUUUGGAACCGAUCGAGUUGGAGCGCCCUGGCGGGAACCAACGAAUGCAACGCCAGAGACAAUCGGUUUCGAGCCUGUCCGUUCCGCAACUCGAACGGCUCAUCGUGGAUCUGGAAAGCCGCAAAGAGAAUGCAAAUGGCGCGAAAUCUCAGCUGCUGCAUUCGUGCAUCCGGGCGAACGAUUACGCCAAGACGGCGGAGGUGAUACAGAAGCUGGAGGCGGAAAAUUUCGUCAUCAGUCCGGGAAUUUACGGGCUGACGAUUGAACUGUACGCCGCAAAUGGUCAGUUGGAGGAAGCUUUCGCGCUGCUUAAAGCCGUCGAAGCUAAACAGCCAGACUUUGCGCUCGAUCGGCUAAAGGUGGUACGCUUGGCGCAAGGAUUGCUUGAAAGCGAUCGUUUUGAUGACGCGCUGCGCUUCCUUAAGGAAAAUUCCCAGUCGGCACCAGAGGGACAACGAGAGGUGGACUUUGUGUACAACAGUGCGUGCUGGCGUUUGCUCAACACCCUGGCGGACAAGGGUAACGUGCAGCAGGUGAACCAGCUGUUCGAUCAGCUGAUGGCGGAAGGUUUCAUCAAACCGCAGAACAUAUUCCUCGGUUCGCUCAUCAAAGUGCACCUGAUGCGGGAUGAUCUAGCGUCCGCAAUGAACACGUUUACAGAGAUCUGCCAGAAGCAUCGCAUGACACCGUGGAAAACGGAACUAACGUGCCGAUUGAUCCAGGCGGAAGAUGCCACCAACCUGCAGCGGUUGACCGACCUCAGCACGGAGGUGCACGGUGAGGUGAACAGUCUGUACGAUCUCGUGUUCGCAUUCGUCGACUGUGGCCGUAUCCGACAGGCCAGAAAGAUCCUUGAAACGCCCGGUUUGCGUACGCGCUACCAGCGCAUCCAGACGGCAUGUGAGCGCUACCAGCAGGAAGGCAAAACGUCCAGUCUCGAAGGACUGAUGGAAGCCACCAAAGAUCUGAGUCACAUCGAUCGUGGAGAAAUUUACCACAAACUGCUGCAGAGUUACAUCGGUGAGAAGGACGCGGAAAAGUCGCUCGGGUUGUGGACACGCAUGCAGGAAGAGAACGUCACACCUUCCGACUCGUUCCUCACGAAGUUGGGUGAAUUUUUGAAAAGCAACGGAUACGAUGUCCCGUUCGUGAUGCCAGUGACCAGUACUGCUGCUGCAAGCCAACCGAAAGCUAAAAAAGAUCCCAAACCCGCUCCCACCAGUGCUGCACCGAAAGGACAACCCCAGGAAGGUGGACGACGUGCACCGGCGAAUCCGGCACUGCGUGAUUUGAAACAAGCGAUCAAAGUGAACAAUCCUGAUCGCAUCCUGGCAGCGUAUGAGUCGCUGCAGGGAUCGGACGCGAAACCAAAUCUCACCGAGCGGUCGGCGAUCAUCGAGGCGCUCGUGAACCGAGAUCGACUUUCCGAGGCAUCGAAGCACGUGCUGGACAUGCUCGAGCAGAAGAUGUUCCCGAUUCCGCGCACGUUUAAGUACUUCCUCAACAAGCUGGCCAUAAGUGGCGAUGUGGCGACGUUCGAUCGCAUUGGCGAGCUCGUUUCGGAUGAUCUGAAACGGCAGAUUUCGUUCGACAAUCGCUUGUGUCACGCGAACGUGUCGAAUGGAAACGCCGAUCAGUAUCUACGCAAGCUGGAGGAUGCCGUCGAGCGACUACAGACCAAGGAGGAAGCCAUCGUGGCCGCAAAACACUUCCCAAUCGGUGGAGCAUCCGGUAUUCUAUCGCACCACCCAGAAUUGCACGAACGGUACGAGCGACUUGCGGAACGAUACGCGAAAUGGGAACUGCUGGCACCGGUGAACGCUCUCUGGACGCAUUACUUCAUCGUUGGUGACGCGGAAAAGGCAAAUUCAAUCUGGAACCGGUACCUGAAGAACAGCUCCCGGAUCAUGUUCCAGAAGAUCAUCCAGCAGGCUCGGGACAACAAGGACGAUGCGCUCUGCCGUCGGUUGAUCGAGCAAUUACGCGACUCGAAAGUGGCAGAAAAGGGCAAGGGACUGAUCUACAGCUGUCUCAUCGAUAUCCUGGUCGCACGGGAGCAACCCGAGGACGCACUGGUGGCUCUGGAAGAGGGCUUGAAGGUGACCUGUCUGGAGAACGUUAACCGGACGGCAUUGAAGCGGUUGCAGGAGAGCCUGGCGGCGAAGGGCAAACCAUUCCCGCACACCAUUCCGGGACGGAACAGCUCGGCGGCACCGGAACCAUCCUCGACCAGCAGCAGCAGCAGUGACAGCGAGAGCAGUAGCGACGAUGAAGUGGCCACCAAAGCAACAAAGACGGCAACAGCACCAAGCAGCAGUACUUCUAGCGGCAAUAAGAAUUUAUCGUAAGAGCGUGUCGUUCGGAAUGCGUCAUUAUCUCUAGGUCUAAGAGAACAGGUAGCGUAACAAAGCUUAGGAAUCAGGAAACAUUACAUUUGCUCAUUAAGCGAUAGAUAUUUAAAGCAGGCAUUAGUCACUACCCAUCAUAGUCAGGUACGUUAGCUAGUUUUUUUUGUUGUUUCUGUUCGCUUCGUCCUGUGGCCGAUUAUGAAGAGCACAAUAAAUUCGGAGCAGACAC